AUGUCCGACUCUGAUUUGCAUCGUGAGAAGCCAAUGAAAUUAAAAUACUCAUCUCAGAAUAUUUUCUCUAUUGGCUACAAUAAUGAUUUCUUCAGGUCAUUAAAAGCAGUCCCUCAGAUGAAGACUUGCCAUCAUUGUGGCCUGCCUGGAUCCCGCAGAUGUUCACGGUGCAAGCAAAUAAACUACUGCUCUACAGACUGCCAGAGGAAAGAUUGGCCGGCACAUAGAUUUGUAUGUACCACAAUUAAAGACAAUUUAUGUAAUGACAAUGGAGGCAAUUUACCUGCUAGAACCAAGAAGGUAGUUUAUUUUAAGGGCAAUUCAACGGCUGCGGAUUCUCUCAUGACAGAAAAGCACAUCGAGAAAGUAAUGCUUUCAGAUCUCCAGACUUUAGGGAUCAAAAAAGCUAUGGAAGUACAGGGUAAAGUGACAGAGUUCGAGAGUCCAAGUGAAUUUUAUGUGCAGAUGAGUUCUCUGGAAGCUUUAGACCAGAUGACCAAACUUGCUCUGAAACUGCGAGGCUAUUACCGUAACGCAGUUAUUCAGGAGCACUAUAAUGCUGUCAAAGGGGAAGUCUGCGUUGUAAGAUGGUCUUUGGAUCAGAGCUGGCGUAGAGCACUGAUAAAAGAUGUGGAUAUAGUACAAAAGAAAGCACAAGUAUUCUAUAUAGAUUAUGGAAAUAAAGAAAAUAUUCCACUCUCCUGGAUUAAAGCUCUGUACAAGGACGCUGCACUGUUGUUUCCUCCUUGUGUCAUUAAGUGUUCCUUUGCCAAUUAUGAUCCAAAAGAAUAUAAUGAAGCCAUCACCAACUUUUCUUCCCAUCUCAAGGGAAAGUACUGUUCAGUGACUGUUGUUGACAUAUUACAGGAGGAAAUGAUGUUGAGUUUUGCUGUAGAUGUUGUUUUCCCAGAUCUUGGAGAUUGCCUAGAGGAUGUACCCUCAGAAAUCAGGCCUGAUUUAACUCCAAAAAAUAAUGCUAAAGGAGCAGACUCUCCAAGAACAUCAGAGAACUGUUCCAAGGGAAGUAAAGAAAAAAUACCUGAAGGUAAAGAGUGUCUUGACUGCACUAUUUCAGAAGCAGAGUGCAUCUCUGUGCAUGUUGGAGAUAUAUUUUCUGGUAUGGUUUCCUGCAUUCAGAGUCCAGAAAACUUCUUCUGUCAGCAGACGCAGAGUGCCCGUCAACUUGCUGAGCUUCAGAGAUCUCUUAAUCAACAUUGUGAGAAACUUCCCAGUAGUCCAACCUUCUGUCCUGCUGCUGGCACUGUGUGCUGUGCCCAGUUCACAGUGGACAACGUUUGGUAUCGUGCUGCUGUUAUAGCCUAUGUUUCUGAAGACACUGUUACAGCACUUUACAUAGAUUAUGGUAAUUCUGAAGUCCUUCCACUGAGUAGACUUCGUCCUAUGAUUCCAAGUUUAAUGGCCUUGCCAGCUCAAGCCAUAUCAUGUACCUUGGCAGGUAUAAAGCCGCCAUCAGAAGGCUGGACCACAAACGCUGUUUCUUUGAUGAACCAAUUGGUGAAAAACAAAGUGUUUGCAAUAAAAGUAGUGGGUAAAGAUGAUUCUAGAUCUGUUGUGGAGCUUAUAGAUGCAUCAGCUAUCUCAGCAAUAGAUAUAUCAAGCUUUCUCUCAGAGGAAGGCUGUGCAGCUGAGAAAUCGAGAAUGGCUGUGCCAGCAAUUGGAAUGGCUGAUGUUAAGCCAGCAAAUGACAAAAAGAACAAAAGAAUGUAUGACUGGAUUAAACUAAGUCUUAAACAAACAGUGGAUGUCAUAGUGUGUACAGUGUACAAUCCUGGAGAAUUCUACUGUCAUAUUUCCAAUAAUGAUGAGUUGCUUGCUCUAAAUGCACUUAACAAAUCACUGUCUGAAUACUGUCAGAAAACUCCACCAAAUGUUUGUAAGCCUGAGAACGGAGAACCUUGCUGUGCUUUUUACUCCGCUGAUGGUAACUGGUACCGUGCUCUGGUGCAGAACACUGCUUCACAGGGGAAUGUUCAAGUGCAGUUUGUGGACUAUGGAAAUAGUGAGCAAGUACCACUGGAUAAAAUACGUCAGAUCUCCCCCUCAUUCCUCACACUCCCAUUUCAAGGAAUUAAAUGCUGGCUCUCAGGUAUAAAGCCCAGUAAUGGCAAAUGGAUUCCAGAAGCUACAGCAAGGUUUCAUACAUGCACUUCGGGGAUAAAGCUUCAAGCCACAGUAAACUCCUUUUCCAGGCAUGGGGCAGGUGUGGAGCUUAUUGACAAUUCCACAGGCCAUCCAAAAGUGAUUAAUGAGAUACUAACUUCUGAAAAACUGGCUGUGAAGGAAACUCUAAAAGGUAAAAAUAAACUUCCAAAGAAGCCUUUUGACAAAAAAGAAACCUCACUUGGGCACUGGAAGUUGAUUGAAUUGGUGAUAGAUGAAACUCUACCUGUCCGUGUAACAGAAGUUGUAGGCCCAGACUUGUUCUACGCUGUACCAGUUCAAAGUAAAGUUGAAGAGGAGCUGCAUGAGCAGUUGACUCAACUAGAAGACUAUUGUAAAUCCUGUAGGAGCCAGUCCUUCAGACCAAAGCUGGGGGAAGCCUGUUGUGCCAAGUUUUCAGGCAAUGGCCGUUGGUACAGAGCUCUUGUUCUGAAUGUUUCUCAGUUUUUGGUGAAAGUGCUAUAUGUAGACCAUGGGAGCACAGCAACUUUACCAUUUUCAAAGGUCCUGCCAAUCACUGAUUCCUACUUAAAGCUGCCUUUUCAGACAAUUACUUGUUCACUUGCAGGCAUAGAGAAAGCUGAUUGGUCUCCAUCAUUACUCGACAAGUUGAAAGAAAUGUUACUGAAUAAAUGUGUCAAAAUUACCAUGAAAGGGACUAAUGGAAAUGCUAACUUAGUAACAGUGGAGAAACACUGUGAAAAUGGCAUCUUGGAUGUAGCUGACAAACUGGUAAUGGAAGGCUUGGUCAAGACCUGCAGUGCUGAAAACUUACCUGCUAAAUGUCACAGCAGUGGAGGUGAGGCCGAGUGCUGCUGCGCAGAAUUGAAAGUGGAACUUAAAAAGUAUAAGAAGGUCCUACUCUUCAUUUUGAACAAAUAUUGGAAUCCAGAUGGACUCAGUGAAAUGAGGAAACUGUUGGAAAACUAA